AUGUCCACCGGAAAAGAUAUUGACGAAGAACGUCGACUACUUUUCGAACGUUUGACAUUUGAAUCAUACAAACGUGAAACUGUUUUCAAGCCCUGCCCGUCGUUUCUAGUUGGACUUACUGAUGAUGAAUUGCACAAUGUCUUUCGUUUACCACCUGUUACCGCAUUUGCUUCCGUGUUCGAUCAGUUCAAUGAUCUACAAGUUUUCCUACUCAACUGGCUACUCACUCGUGAUACAUUCAAGUUAAAUAUUGUACCUGUAGAAACAGCUCUUUCACAUGUGAAACAUCAACUGUCAGUUCCAAAACCGAAUUUUGCAUUCGAAAUCAAUUAUAAUCAAGUUCGAAACGAACGAUUUCAUGAUUUAACAGAAAAUGAUCGCUAUAAAACAUUCUAUGCUUAUCAUGGCACACGUUUGGAUAAUCUUCACUCAAUUCUUCAUAUUGGCUUUCUUGGACAUAUGAAUAAACUGUCAUUAUUCGGUUCAGGAACGUAUUUCUCAUUAGAACCGUCCGUUUCUUUACAUUAUUCACCGUUUGCUAGUGUUUGGGCAAAUAGCCUUUUAGGGAAAAGAGUAAGCUGCCUCUUAUUAUGUGAAAUUAUUGAUCAUCCAGAUCAUGUGAAAUGUGCAAUCGAAAAUGGAACGACAAGCAGUCAAGACCGAAGAAUUGUUAGUGAUACACAGGCUGGCGCUGUACCUGAGAAAUAUGUUGUAGUAACUUCCAACGAACUUGUGCGAAUGAAAUAUGUUCUUAUUUAUUCAGAGCCAAACGAUCUAAUGCAAUUAGAUCAAGUGGCAAGAUCUCGUCUACGAACAUUUUUCUCCACUCAUCGUUACAAUCUUUAUUUACUGUUCUACUUCAUUCUUCUUUUAUUAAUCGGCUUUUUCAAUUCGAAUUUAUUCAAAUUCUACUGGCGGUUAUUUAAGAAACGUUCUAACCAUCUUCUCUUUGGUUCAUGGCAUCUUGCUCAAUAA